GCCGGGAUGUGCGUCCGGGUUGGGUUGGCUCCGCUGCGCGGUUUCCUCCCGCCUCCCGGUCUCCGAGACGGAGCCGCAGCCGCUCAGCCUGCAGCGGCCCCCCAGCUUCCCAGGGCCAGCGCCUCCGAGCGGGUCUGUGAGCCCCUGGGGCGGGGCUGGGUGGUGGGGAGCGGGGUCGGGCCCGCUGGGAUGCCGGGGGGAGCGCGGAGCUGGAUUUGGGAGAUAAAAUUCAUGCUCCUGAAGUAACUAGAGGUUCUCAGCUGCAGAGAUGUUGGAGGAGGAUAUGGAAGUGGCCAUCAAGGUGGUGGUGGUAGGAAAUGGAGCAGUUGGGAAGUCCAGUAUGAUUCAGAGAUAUUGCAAAGGAAUUUUUACAAAAGACUACAAGAAAACUAUUGGAGUAGAUUUCUUGGAGAGACAAAUUCAAGUUAAUGAUGAAGAGGUCAGGCUGAUGUUGUGGGACACAGCAGGUCAAGAGGAGUUUGAUGCAAUAACUAAGGCCUAUUAUAGAGGAGCCCAGGCUUGUGUGCUUGUAUUUUCUACCACUGACAGGGAUUCUUUUGAAACAAUCCCCACCUGGAAGGAGAAAGUCGUGGCUGAAGUUGGAGACAUCCCCACGGUGCUUGUGCAGAAUAAGAUUGACCUCCUGGAUGAUUCUUGUAUAAAGAAUGAAGAGGCAGAAGCAUUGGCAAAAAAGUUAAAGUUGAGAUUCUACCGAGCAUCAGUGAAAGAGGACCUAAAUGUAACUGAAGUUUUUAAAUAUUUGGCUGAAAAAUAUCUUCAAAGGCUCAAACAACAAACAGCUGAAGAUCCAGAUGUAGUACAUACAAGUAGUAACAAAAUUGGUGUUUUUAAUACAGCUGGUGGAAGUCAUUCGGGCCACAAUUCUAGCACACUUAAUGGUGGAGAUGUCAUCAACCUUAGACCAAACAAACAGAGGACCAAGAAAAACAGAAGUCCUUUUAGCAGUUGCAACAUACCUUAGAACCACUUUUGGAAGGAAAAAGAAUGACAGUCAUUUGGAUGAAGUUGUGCAAUUAAAUACGGAAUACAGCAGAUAUAGAGGUAUUUUACCAGUGCUCUAGCAAACCUUGCACCUACAGGAUCCUUGAUAGAUGGUGGAUUUAAAUAAUAUUGCUGUUGCAAUGUUUAUUUUGUAUGUAAAGUGAGACCCCGGUGGCAAAACAAACAAACAAAAUAUAGAACCAUUGUUGUCCCUGUGCAUGUUUUUUUAAAUUGGAUGAGCUUUUCCUGUUUGAAGGAAUGAUGUACAAAGCUAUGUAAUAGGUUUGGCUGAAUGGUUAAGCAUAUUAAAAAUGUAAGCAUAGUGCUUACAAGUAUCGGUACAUAAUAAUAUGACCCAAGGUGAGGUAGCUUCCUUCCAAUUACAUUUACCUGCAAAUUUGAUAGAAGAGUGGUAGUCAACCAGGACUGUGAAAAGUAAAAUGAGAAGCAAAAGACAGACAUCAUAUUUGUCAGAUUACACUAAUACAUAUUCUGGCAAUUUUAUUGGUGCAAUAAGUUUGUAUAUUAUAUGAAUGUUAAGUAAGGUGUGUACAUAGAUAUUUGGUACAAGUACUCAGACCACACAAGAGGAUACAGUAUUGGAUUAAAAUAGCAUCCUUAAAAAUUUUUUCACUUCUUAAAAUUUUGCAUUUCAAAUGAGGCUUUCCAAAGGAGUUCUAUUCAUUCAUUAAUUAACUCACUACACUUUUGGGGCCUUAAAGCUUAGGUUUAAGAAGAGAUGUGCCAAAAACAUUUUUUCCUUUUUAUUUUGUAAUGCACUACAGAUGUUUUUGUAAAGUUUGUUUGUGUCAGUCAUAACAGGGUAAGCAAGUAGUAUUUUCUGAUACUGAUCAGUCAGCUAAAUGGAACCCAUACAUUUUCAAUUGUAUUCCUGUCCAAAAAUAUAUUGCUGACAUCUAAUAUGUUCAUGUAGCAUGAACUAUGAAAAGUAUGUUGAAUUUGCAGAGUGGGAUGUCAACAAAAUGUCUUAAGUUCUAUUGAGAAAUUCCAUGGUAGGUGUAAACUGUGUUCUGGAGGAUCCAACAAGUUGUAGCUGAAGACUAAAUCACAUAUUAAACUAAUGAGACUUUCUUUAAUGUUGUCUCAUAUUCAGAGUUAUGCUGCUGGUUAAAAAUAUAAUUCUGCAAUAUCAGACCUAAGGGGUAAAGUUUUCAGAAGUGACUUAAGGCUUGCCUUCACGGUGCACCAAUGCGCAUUAGAGGGCUAUGAUUCCUAAAGCACAUCAUGUUACACCUAAGUGACCCAUAUUCCUGCUAGCAUGAACUAAAAGUUCCCUAGUGCACAUUAACAUAGACGUGCAGUAGGGAACUUUUAGUUCAUGCCAGCAGGGUUUUCAUGAGCAAGUUAGUGCACAACACAUUGUUGCACUUUGGAAAUAACAUCACUCUAGUGUGCAUUGCCAUGCUAUGUGGACAUUCAGGCAUCUAAGUCUAAUUGAAAGUCAAUAGAACUCAGGCUUCUAAAUCAUUAAGGUGCUUUUGAAAAUUUCACCCAGUUCUCUCGGAGCAUGCAUUUUAAAAAUAUCCAUUUUGUUUGUUUUUGUAUGAUGUCGUAUAAUUUUAAUUUUCUAGGAUUUUCUAUAACAAAGCUCUGCCAGCAACAAAUGCAAAAAUAUUCUGCUUUAAGAUAUUCAGAAUUUUAAUAGUUUUUAAAUGGAUGCAUUAGAGUGAAAAUUACAUGACCUGGAGCUGUAAGUAUUCAAUAUAGAUGGCUACACAAUUCCUAUUGAUAACUGAUUUUCAUUAUACCUUAACGGGUUGGUUUAAUAGUUAUACUUUCAGUUUAGUUUCUUUCAUAAUUUUUCUACUUUUUCCCAAUACCAUGGGAGAAUUUCUUAUCAAGUAAACAUAUAAUGCAGUAAGUCUGCACUCUUGUUAGUACUUGGUAUAUGUUGGAGGAGGGACUUACCUUUUCAUUAAUUCAUAUAAUAAGUGUAACUUGUUAAUUUCUGAGACCUUGAGCAUGAAAACUGAAAUGUACUCUUGGUCCACCAGUCUCACAUGUUGGUAAACUGUGUGCGUGGUGAUACUUACAGACACUAAAUAAUCUGAAGUGCUGCAUUGUAUGUUAAUAUAUUAUAUUUCCCGUGAAGUAUCUUGUUUCUGUAACAAGCUGUUGCUGCAUCUCCCAUUGCUGGCAAUGAGAUGGGCAUCGAGGCUCUCAAUCCCCUCUUCUAUUAUUAAAAAAAUGGUUCUUACUGCAGUGUUUCUUACAUACUCUGUUAGAUAAAGGCCUUUAUUUUUAAAAAGUGCAUUUAAUCAUUGUAUGGAUGUAUAAAUGGGGCCAAAUCUUACCUCUUGUCAAUUUCAUGAGUAAGAUAGCAGGAUUUGGUAAGAAAGAGAAUCAGUCUCAUACAUAAUGUGACAUCUCAACAUUUCAGGAUUUAAGUAGAGUGUAUAUUUGUGCAGAAUUUUGUCAAACUUUUUUAAUGUUGAAACUUUUACAUUAUGCGAGUAGCCUGCCAGUUUUACGUUUUUUUAAAAAGCAGGACUGUCUAUAACUUCAAUUUUUGCCUUAUUUAACUUUGUACAAAGUACUGAAGAAUAAGAGCCUUUAUUACACAUAAUUGCCAUUUGUACGGCUAUGUUUAAGGUCUGUCAUUAUAAACCACUUUUUUCAGGAUUGAAAACUUGACAGAAGCUUCUAUACCAGGCUGAAACUUGUCAGAAUUACCAAAUAUGAGGGAAGUUUAAAUGUAUUACAAUGAGACUACUUGCAUGCUUAAAGUUAAGCACAUGUGUAAGUAGUCGAAGAGUCAGGUAGUAAGUAGUGUGGUUAUCUUCCUUCCCACCUCUCACUCUAAAGUGGCUCUUCUUUUUAUGUAUUAACUUUGUGGACAGUCAGUUUCCAGUAUGGCAGGAAGAGAUGAAGAAUGCAACAAAUUGACAUUGGGAUGAUAGUUUACUGUGCAUUUGUGCUAAUUAAAAUUGUAAAGGAUUUUAGCAUACAGAUAUGCAGCAGCAGACUAGCAAGUUGCAGAGUUCCUUGGGCACUCAACUCCUCAGAUGUAGUUUCUAACUUUUGGAUGAAUAACAGACAUAUUUAAAUUAUUAGCACUCAUACAGCUCCAUAUGAUUAGUUUUUAGUAUAAACUAAUGUUACAAAAAAAGAAAAACACAUUCAUGUGCACUCUCAAUUAAAAUAU